AAUGUUGUACAGGAGAAAUGCGCGUUCGCGCUCUCGAUCCGUUUAGAUGCACGCUCGUUCCGCACUCGCAUCCACAGGGGGGCCUUGACGACUCCUCUUCGACUGUCAAGAAAGCGCACCGUAUAACGGCAGCUUUUGCUAUCCAAUAAACCUGUAUUUGAUCUGAAGGCAUAUACAAGCCCCCCUCCCGCCAAAGACUGAGCGAAGUCGACUGAUUUGUGGACAGAAACGAUGGCGGAAUCGGGCAGCAGCGCGGCGGCGGUCGGAGCCGCGGGCUCGAAUAGCAGCGCCGCCGGGACCGGAGGAGCCGUCGCACCCGGGGGAGCGAAUGGAGCGGCGGGAUCCAAGCCUGGCCUGGAGUCGGUGAAGGGACAAAAUUUUGACGUUGGCCCCCGAUACACCGAUCUCCAGUACAUCGGGGAGGGGGCCUAUGGAAUGGUCUGCUCAGCUUUUGAUAAUGUGAAUAAGAUCCGAGUGGCCAUUAAGAAGAUCAGUCCAUUUGAACAUCAGACUUACUGCCAGCGCACCCUGAGGGAGAUCAAAAUCCUCCUGCGGUUCCGUCAUGAGAACAUCAUAGGCAUCAAUGACAUCCUGAGAGCUCGCCGCAUCGAAUUUAUGAGGGAUGUCUAUAUCGUACAGGACCUGAUGGAGACCGAUCUUUACAAAUUGCUGAAGACACAGCAACUCAGCAACGACCAUAUCUGCUACUUUCUGUACCAGAUCCUGCGAGGGCUGAAAUACAUUCACUCUGCCAAUGUCCUGCACAGAGACCUGAAGCCUUCAAACCUUCUCAUCAACACCACCUGUGACCUCAAGAUCUGUGACUUUGGGCUGGCACGGAUAGCCGAUCCAGAACAUGACCACACUGGAUUCCUUACGGAGUAUGUGGCUACUCGCUGGUACCGUGCCCCUGAGAUCAUGCUCAACUCCAAGGGGUACACAAUGUCCAUUGAUAUUUGGUCUGUGGGUUGCAUCCUGGCUGAGAUGUUGUCCAACAGACCCAUCUUCCCUGGAAAGCACUAUCUGGACCAGCUCAACCACAUAUUGGGUAUUUUGGGCUCCCCCUCUCAAGAUGAUCUAAACUGCAUCAUCAACAUGAAGGCCAGGAACUACCUCCAGUCUUUACCCCAGAAACCGAAAAUCCCAUGGACCAAGCUGUUCCCCAAAGCAGACAACAAAGCUCUGGAUUUAUUGGACCGCAUGCUAACCUUCAACCCCAUCAAACGUAUAACCGUGGAGGAAGCACUGGCCCACCCCUACCUGGAGCAGUACUAUGACCCCUCAGAUGAGCCGGUGGCUGAGGAGCCCUUCACUUUCAACAUGGAGCUGGACGACCUUCCUAAAGAGAAGCUGAAAGAGCUCAUCUUUGAGGAGACGGCACGCUUCCAGGCCAACUACCAGGGCUCUUGAGAGGGACAGCCAUCAUUGAGAAUAAUGGAGCAGCGUGGAGUCUCAAAUAAAGAUAACUCCUGACAACCUGCAAAAACAUAUACAUGCAUAUAUACAUUAAAAAAAAAGAUAAAAAGAGGAAAAAAUGUACAUUUAAAAACUUCAACUUUGUUUUAUCUGUCCAUCUCUCUUUCUUGCUGGGAAGCUGUGCGCUAGUUUGGGCUUCUAACAUCUUAUCAUAAUGCCAUUAAUGGAGGCCGUCAGACUUUCUAUUCUCUUUGCAUACCGCACACAGAUCCUACUCUCUGAAACAAUUGCAUCUUUCACCCUUUCUAUGAAUACCCUGCUUCUCUCUGUAUCCGUCUCUUUCUCUUUAUGUCUCUCUCGAAGGGUGUCUCUUUACUGGUCUGUGCUGUUCUGGGUGUUUUUAUUUUUCUCCCCAUUCCAACAGAGAUGAAGAGAGAGUGAAAGAGAAAAUCUCUAUGAUGGGCACUGACUAGUGUGUGUGUGUGUAUAUAUAAGUGGUUUUGAGUUUCAUUGGAGUAUUGUAAGUUGGCGAUCUGUAUGUACACUGUAAUUUGAACGUUAAGAUCAGUUACAAAUCGUGUUUUGUAAUGUUGGGAAUUUAUAUUUGAAAAUCUUUUGAAAUAUAAAGUCAUUGCUUGUGUUUCUUUUCUUUUUUAAUUCCUUCAAAGACAAAUGAUGUUACAUUUAAUAAGCUUAGACUUUUAUUUUGUUUUCUGUUGUGAGAAAAAGAGGUCUUGUUUUGAUUCUUGAGAAAUAUAUUGUGUAAACGAGAAACGGCGACAGGAAGGUUGAACGAAGGGAAGAGAGCAAGAUGGAAUAGGAUCAUCUGCUGUAAAAUAUCAUGUUCUACUGUUGAGAACUGAGACUAUUUCUUGCCAAUGUUCUUGGGAAAAUUAAGCCAUCAGUAUCAUCUUUUCUUUUUUUAAUGUUGGCUUCCUUUCCCUCCUCCCUCUCGUCUGUUCAUUUCAUGGAGGGUCUGUGCAGACCUUUAUCGUGUGUGUGUGUGUGUGUGUUUUUUUUAUGGGGGGUUGAUACUGUUUUCUUUGUGGAUAACAAUAGUUGUCAUUGGUUACCAUGUCCAUGGCUACUGUUGCCAUGAUUCCUUUCUGAUAAGUCACACAUAGUUCCCCACAUUCUGGCUUUGUUACUCGCAGAAAUCGGUCCCUUAUUCUUUAUUUCGCAUCCUCCUUGUUCUCUUUUGUUUUGCUUUUCUUCCCUUGUCCUGGAGUGAUUGAGGAAUCAUAGCCAAGCUUAACACUUUCAGAGCCAUAGCACAUUUUUUUCCUCAUUCCCUCCCUGUGAUGUCAGAACUUUUCAAAGGGCUUUUCCACAGGGCUUGCUGACCUCAUGCCUCUCCUGCCUGUGAUUGGCUCAUCUAGUGUCGAACUGACUUACUCUGCAUGCAUUGCAUCUAAGACGUAACAACCUGCCUUUAUGAAAUAAGUGGAAUCAGUGGAGAAUAAAAGAGCUGUUUUUAAAGAAACCGUCAUUGCUUUUGGCCAGUCGUGGAUGAGGAAAGCAUGUUCAAGUGGGAAGAGUUAAAAUGGCACAGUGUGUAGCUGUUUUUGUAUAAAUACAGGGUGUGAUUUGCAUAAAUUAAUACCACCCUGUGUAAAACCCCAUUGAGACGAGCCCCUACUGCAGAGGAAAUUCACACCGCACGUCAAUCACGUGACAUUUUUCAAUCGGUGCACCUGCACUUUGUGUCUCAUGACCAAACGUUUUGUUUUGUUUCCGUUUUUAGUGCAAUUUUAUUUUGUUAUAUCUAUUCUUGUGACAAAAGGUUCUUUGUUUCUGUCUGUUUUCUUUCUACGCUUAAGUCUAUCUUAACCCGGCACUUGUUAGGGUAAAAUCUAAUGUAACAGGCAAUGACGGUUGGUCGCGUCCCAUGUCUGUGUCUGUAUGUCUGUCUUUUCCAACCAGAAGCUGCUCUUCUCUGCUUCCUCAUGAGGAGGGGAGAUCAUCCCGCUCUGUGAUCUGAGGGGAAUACUCAUUACCAAGAAAAAGAUUAUUUAUAUUACUGUAUUGUCAAUGGCAAUGAUAUGCUUAUUGUAAAUGGGACCAUGGGGACUGUCAACAGUCUUACACGCGUGCACACACACACACACACUCACACACACUUAAGGAUGUAUUUCUUACAUAUAAACCUGCACGCAUACAGUAUAUGAUUUCAAAAGCCUGCAAAGGAGGCAGAUAUCAUAAUGUUCUUUUAAUGGCUGUUAUUAUGAUUAUUGCUGGUCUGGUGUUAUAUUGGUGGUCUUUUUUAUUUUAAAAACCGAAAAGGGAUUUUAAAUCUUGUCCUUUUUAAAGUAUGUUUUGCUUUUCUUUCAUUUUGUUCGCUUUGGGUGUCAAAAAUAAUUGUCUGUUCACUCUUUCUGAAGUCUAUUUUUUUCCCUGAAUCUUAUAAGGAAUUAUUUUAAAGAUGAUUAAACAAUAUGGGUAGAUUGUCAAGAGAAAUGAGCUAUGGAUGGUUAUAGUCUAUGUAUAUGCUUAUGGGUAUAAUAAAUUAAACAAUUAACAAAAACAGAAUUAUAUACAUAUAUUAAAUAAAAUUCCUUAUACUGUAA